AUGAUCCUGAGGUGGGUACGAUUCAGCCAUCUCCGGCGUUACGUCCAAGAUCCCGCCUCACCCUCCAAACCUUGGAUCCCACAGGACGUUUCUCGUUGCCUCUCAGAAUCUCGACCCAGGGCCCUCGGCAUCGGAGUCAUCCUCGCUGGUGUCCUGAUCCUCCACCUUCAUCGUCUGGUCCAAAGCGGUGUCAUCAUCCCCCGAGCGGAGAUAGAGGUCUUCCGUGUACGCCCAGCCGGGGGCGUCGAACUUCCCGUGGACGAAGACGAUCUGGUUGCCUCUCGCCUUCACCUGUUCGAUUGUCUGGGGUGGAAUGGGAGUGAGGAUCUGGAUGGAGCGGGUGGCGGUGUCGAUGCCCCGGAUGAGGACGAGCCCGAUGGUGUGGGAGUGGCGGGGGUCGAGCGCAACGUCGUUCGGGUUCGCGAUGAAGGGUAG